CUCUGGUCAUCAUACAUUGACAUUACUGUGACUGGUGCUGUUACAACACUGAUAAUCAUAGAGUCGGAGGGUUUUUUGGAAUAUAAACUAUUUAUUAGAAAGUUCGGCAGGUGGCGACGAGAGGAUGGCUCAAAUGAUGGGGCUUCUCUCGGUAGCUGCUAUGCCUCUGCGGAUCGCAUCGAAAGUUUGGGGACGUUAUUCAAUGGUGACCGCAAGGAAUCUGUCUGUGCCCAGUUCAUACGUUUCUGCUGUCAGGCAUAUUACACUUACCCCAAAUAAGUCAUCUCGUGGUCUAUAUUCAUCCCAGAGCAUACUGUAUACCAGCGAGCCAUCAAAACAAGAAGGCAAGGGGAAGGAAUCGGGGAGCGGAGGUGGAGGUGGAGGCGGAGGUGGAGGCGGAGGUCGUGGAAGGAGAGGAGGGAAGGACUGGUGGAGCCGCAUGCAGAAGGGUGACGUCCCCUGGGAUGAGAAAGACUUCCGUUACCUGGCUGUGGCGGUGGCUGGCCUGUCCUCAACUCUUCUGUACUUCUACUUCAGAGACACGAGCAAAGAAAUCACCUGGAAGGACUUUGUGCAUCUCUACUUGGGUAGAGGCAUGGUUGACCGCCUGGAGGUUGUCAACAAACAGUACGUCCGAGUUAUUCUGGUUCCGGGAGCUGACGCUUCAGAUGGGAGCUACGUGUGGUUCAACAUCGGCAGUGUGGACGCCCUGGAGAGGAACCUGGAGGCAGCUCACCAGGAGCUGGGCCUCGAACCCUCCCACAGGGCAGCUGUGGUGUAUAGCACUGAGAGCGACGGGUCAUUCUUGAUGAGCAUGAUCCCAACCUUGCUGCUGAUUGGCUUUCUGCUGUUCACCUUGCGCCGCGGACCAAUGGCAGGAGGUGGUGGGGGUGGAAGGGGCGGGCCGUUCAGCAUGAGCGAAUCAACAGCUAAGAUGAUGAAGGACAACAUCGACGUGAAGUUCAAGGACGUGGCUGGGUGUGAGGAGGCCAAGCUGGAGAUCCUCGAGUUCGUUAACUUCCUGAAGAACCCUCAGCAGUACCAGGACCUGGGAGCCAAGAUACCCAAGGGUGCCGUGCUGUCGGGGCCUCCGGGCACAGGGAAGACCCUCCUGGCCAAGGCCACCGCGGGAGAGGCCAACGUGCCCUUCAUCACUGUCAACGGAUCCGAGUUCCUGGAGAUGUUUGUGGGCGUCGGGCCAGCCAGGGUGAGGGACAUGUUUGCCAUGGCGAGGAAGAACGCUCCCUGCAUCCUGUUCAUCGAUGAGAUCGACGCGGUGGGCCGUAAGAGGGGCGGCGGGAACUUUGGAGGGCAGAGCGAGCAGGAGAACACCCUGAACCAGCUGCUGGUGGAGAUGGACGGGUUCAACACUGCCACUAAUGUGGUGGUCCUGGCUGGUACCAACAGACCAGACAUCCUAGACCCUGCUCUGUUGAGACCUGGAAGGUUUGACAGACAGAUCUACAUUGGCCCACCUGAUAUCAAGGGCAGGGCGUCUAUUUUUAAAGUACAUUUACGGCCAAUCAAGCUGGACCUCAGUACAGACAGAGAUGGACUGGCCCGUAAAAUGGCUGCUGCCACCCCAGGCUUCACAGGAGCUGACAUAGCUAACGUGUGUAACGAGGCAGCGCUCAUCGCUGCCAGGUACCUGAACCCCUCAGUGACUGGGAAACACUUUGAACAGGCCAUUGACCGAGUGAUAGGAGGUCUUGAGAAGAAAACCCAGGUGCUGCAGCCCACAGAGAAGAAGACCGUGGCGUAUCAUGAAGCGGGCCACGCCAUCGUGGGCUGGUUCCUGCAGCACGCUGACCCCCUCCUGAAGGUGUCCAUCAUCCCUAGGGGGAAGGGGCUUGGCUACGCUCAGUACCUGCCCAAGGAGCAGUACCUGUACACCAAGGAGCAGCUCUUUGACAGGAUGUGCAUGAUGUUGGGGGGUCGCGUGGCCGAGCACGUGUUCUUCCAGAAGAUCACCACCGGAGCUCAGGACGACCUGAAGAAGGUCACGCAGUCCGCAUACGCACAGAUAGUGCAGUUUGGGAUGAGCGACAAGGUGGGGCAGGUGUCGUUCGACCUGCCGCGCCAGGGAGAGAUGGUGAUGGAGAAGCCCUACAGCGAGGCCACAGCAGAGCUCAUCGACCAGGAGGUCAGAGACCUGGUGGACCUGGCCUACAAGAGGACCCUUGAGCUCAUCCUGGACAAGAAGGACCUGGUGGACAUGGUGGGGAAGCGUCUGCUUGAUAAGGAGGUGCUGGACAAAGCCGACAUGCUGGAGCUGCUGGGGCCACGCCCCUUCGAGGAGCAGUCCACCUACGAGGACUUUGUGGAGGGGACAGGCAGCUUCGAGGAGGACACCAGUCUGCCAGAGGGCCUGAAGAACUGGAACCAGGAGCAAGGGGACAGUGCUGAGGACGCGGCUCCAGAGAAGGACAAGCAGGCGGUGUAGCACAAGGAGACAGCGGCUCCCAGCACAGGGCAGGGCCAGGGCAUAUUGUCUUGCCUCUGGCAGUAUUAUGAUUAUGGCAGACUUGCAAAGCGAUGGGUCUUUCAAUGCCUUAUAUUUCGCCAUACCUGGGAGGGGGGGGGGGGGGGGGGGGGGGGGGGCUGUGUCAGGAGAAUAUCAAAGGCAAAUGUGUUGUGUAAAACGUUGUAAUUGGGAGAUCUUUUAGCAGUUUAUCUUAUUUUGAUUUGCCCUACAUGUAUGAGACAAUGUAAAUCUAAUGUAUUUGCACUGUAAAAAACAUUGUUUUUUUUUAUAGAUUCACAUAUUUAUUUCAGUAAAAGGAAUUUACUGCCUGUACAACUCUGCUCAGCGGUGCAUCUCCACACAUGUAGAAAGACUUCAAGCAGUAGGUGAUGGUGUUGGUAUUUAAGAUGAUGGUUCUACUGGAGGACGAAACAAGGUGCUGUACUUCAGGAUUGUGAAGUCCUGCUCUACAGCUGGAACACUGGAACUGUUAGAAAUGUAUCAAUACUGAAAUAAAUGACGUUACUUAA